GAUUUCUGAGGAAAGAAAUCAAUAAUCAAGAGUGAUUUGAUCCCACAGAAGUAUUAGAGCUAAUCAACGCAGCCAUAAUGGAGCUUCACUGAGCAAAAGAGAUGGAAAUGACUCAAACUUGACCUACCAGAGAGCUCCAGCGAUGUUUGAAAGUGUCGCAGGGUGAUCCUUGCGCGAGCUUUUUCCCCCUCUAUCGCGUAUCACGAGAGGCGACUGAAGAGAAGCGGCCCAUGUCCCAGAAGACGGUCUUGCCUCCGGAAGGGCCUGCCGGGCCUGCCAGGGGAACUCCACCGGAGAGAAGCCUACUCCUUUCAGACUUUCACGAUGCAUGUGACAAUCGCAGUGAUUCAGCGGCCCCCGAGGAGGAAGUGGCGAGGAGCCCCCCCGAGUCGCCGUCUGAGGGGCGGGGCACCGCGCCGGGGGGAAAUUCCACCAACGGCGAGCUCGUUAGAACUCAACCUCAGCGGCUUCCUCAGCCAACCGCCUCCGUGGAGCCUGGCGACGGAGAUGCGGGCCAGAGCCAAAAUGGCCGCCGCGUGGGCCUGAGCAAUGGCGCCGGGCUGGAGCCGAGGAGGCACCCGUCUACGGUUUCCCACAAGGUCCAGCGCAAGCUGCAGUCCAGCCUGUCGGUGCACAGCGACAGCAGCAGGAAGAGCAAGACCAGCUCCGGCUCCUCCCACAAACCUGGCUCCUCCCCCGAAGAGCGCUGCGCCUCUCUAAUUCUGGCCUGUCUGUCGUGUCGCUGCGCUGAUUUGUCGGCGGGGCUGCUGGAGUCGUGCUCCGCCUGCCUGCACGCCGCGGCCUGCGACGGCUGCUGCUCCCGCUGCUGGGCGGAGCUCCAGGACACCCCCGGCGAGGACCUGCGCUGCCCCGCCCGCUGCCCCGCCCACUGCGACCCCGAGCUCUGCGAGCCCUGCUGCGAGCCCGCCGAGUGUCUGGAGUUCUGUCUCGAGUGCGUCGACCUCUGCCACAAUAGCUAGCGCUCAGAACCAGAGAGAGAGAGAGGGAGAGGGGGAGAGAGAGAGAGGGAAUGCGGCCCAGGCCAAUGACCCUGUAAGUGAACACAUUAAGCAUCGCAAUGGUUUACAAAUAAAAAACCAAAACUCCCACCCCUGUUAUGUGUGACUCCUAGGGGCCUGUGUGAAAGCUUGGGGAGUCAUAUUCUGGACCCGAUGUAAAGGCCAGAAACAUGUAGAUUUUCAUGAAUUAUUGCACUUUAAAAAAAAAACAACAAAAAAAACAAAAAAGCAAUUCAAAUAAUUUUAGACGUAUCCCAGAUUGAGGUCCUAUAAAUUUUUUGAAGAACUCUGUCCGUGUAUGCUGAUGUGACUUUGUCCAAAAUGUAUAAUUCCAUUAUAUCUUUGAUGAAGUUUAGGCUUAUGCUGUGUGUCUGUUCAAGGAUUAGGCAAGGCAGAAGCAAGCACUUGCCAAGAGACAUCAUAACAAAUCAUUCUUACCUGAAUUUUUCGCUUGCUGAGUGUACAUAUAUUUUCCCAUCACUUUGGGGUAUUGGACCGGAAAACAGAAUCCCCUCUCCACAACUGCAUGCAGACACACACACAAGCACGCACAACAUGUCACAUGAAUGCUUUCCUCCUCUGUCCUCAUAACCCCUAUUUCCCGCAUUUCUCCUGGCUGAAGUCUAGCUGAGCUCUAUCAUGGCACCCCACUGCUUUAUUUCCAGAGAGUAGCUCCGGCCCUCUGACCCAUUCCCGCCACAGGGGCCUUUGUUGUCCUGGCGGUCAUCCUAACCGCCCCGCUCCACCUGAGCCUUCUCCCGCCACUCGCUCCCGCUCGCUAUGCGCCGCUCUACCAUCCUUCUGAUGUUGACCCUCCUCUUUCCCACACGAUACCCGCGGUUUCCCCCGAGCUGAUUUCGGCCUUUCCUCGAGCCGGGCGCUCCGCCGUCGCCCGCCGCUGGACGCCGUUACUGUGGCGGGUCCGCUCGGCAAUAAAUUUUCCCGUUAUAGAUCCGCCCGUCUCCGCUGUGUACAUAACCUAGCCGCUGCCUUUUCCCCCAGAUUCAGACUAAUCACAGCUGCUAAAUUAUACAUCCAAGUGAAUAACUGAGUUAUUGAAGUACAUAAUGUUAUAUAUUUAUAUAAUUUUCAUUGCAUAAAUUAAAUAUAGCCGAGUUCAGGUCUCGUAAGGCGUUCAGAGUUUCCUCAGAAAUCCGAAUUAAUUAAACUUUUCUGCGCUGUAAUUCUCUGUGCGCGUUAUUAUCGUUAGUAUUCACUGCUGCGUUUUCUUUUUUUUUUAAACGCGCAUUUGCGCAGUAUCGUGUACAAUGUGCACUUGCACUCGAUACAGAAUGAUCAGAUUUAACGGUACCUUGUGCAGUUGCCUAAAUAAGCAGAUUCUGAGGUUCAUUUGCUUCCAUAUUAAGGGCUUCAUGCGUUCCUUUUUUUAGUGUUUAUAAUGACGAUAAUCUCCGCACGUCAGGAGCAGAGUACUGUGUGAAGCGCAUUUCAUGUGAUUAUCUUUAUUUCCUUCCGUAUGCUGCUGGUCAGUGCAGCCUAAAAAAGAACCACUUUGAUUAAUCAAAUAUGAGCGUCCAGUGGUCUUCGGGCCUAUAUGAAAUAUUCCCUCCUGAUGUGGUUCUGCACUGGACUGUUCAACAGUCCUGAUAAAAGCGAUGCAAAUGCAGCGUUAUUAGCAAUGCCCCCCCCCCCCCCAUUUCAUUUGCGUUGGAGUCGUGCCUCUCGUUCCCGAGCAUCAAAGUUUUGGGUGGUGAUUGAAGGUCGCUUCCCGGCCUGAGGUGUGAGGGCGGGGCAGCCGCCCCCCCGGAGCUUUCGCGGCUCUGCGGCUACACGGGGAGAACCGCGCCGUUACUACGGCAGCACAAGCCGCCGCCGCCGAAUCGGUCUUUACCGUGUGACAGCCCGUCAUCCCUGUGCACCCGUCUCCUCUCAGUCACGUCCUCUCACUUCUCAGAACGCCGCAGAGAGCCACAGCACACCGGCCGGUUUGCUGAAAAAACGGUGCGCUGACUUCAUUUCGGAACGUUUCCAGGUCGUAAUACUCAAUUUAAACGGCUUAAGGUGUUUAACAAAAACGUAUUUAAGAAAAAUAACCUUUCUUGAUGAAAAGUAUGUCUUUGAGGGCAUAAAUUCGACAUUGAAAGAAACUAUUUUGACGGUGGCAACACGGUAAAGAAAAAAGGGGGUUUUGCAAAACGGUGAGAAAUAACAGUAAUUUGCCGUCGCGCCAAGAAGCCACGCAAGGCCCAACGUCUGGGGGAAAAAAAAGAGGUUAAAUGUUAAUCAGAAGAGAGAAAAUUGUCAGCAUUAGUGCAGCAAUUUGGUGGAGAAAUUUGGAACAUUGCUAAUCAGCUGUACAUGAUCAGUCUAUGCGUUCGCAUGAUAAUGCCGCCAUUAUUACAAAAUCUACUAAUCAGUCCCUAAGUGGAAUUCAUUCCUUUGAAAUGCUCUGGACCACUGAUUCCUCAAUGCUGCAACCCCCCCCCCCCCCCAUCUCCCAGUCCUCCCCCCCUCAGCCCCUAGCCCCCAGCUCCCCACUGGAAUCCUAAACCGUUGGGAAGGAGGUGUAGGUUGGGGCCCCCUGUCAGAACGCUCUCCGCUCCACACUGUUUCCCCUCUGUCUGUUUGGAGUGUGACAGCUGUGUCUUCAGCGGUUAUGAGAGACGCCCGUCUGGCAGCCCUGCUUGUAAAAGUCAGUCUUUUAAUAUUUUAUAUAUUUAAUCCGCGCUGGCUUGGCUCUGCCAGGCGUGUGGGUGGGUGGCUGUGACAGGCCUACAGCUGAUUACCCUCCCGUGGUACAGUACUGCAGCAGCGGCAGCCAUUUUCUCCCGCUCUAAUUUCCACGAGAGGCAGAGGGGAGGAAGUCUGGGUGUGUUGAACUCGCAGCCCAACUUGCGCUGUGAAAUUAACGUCUUAAUUCGCUCUCUUCUGGGCCGGCUGAGUCCCAUCAGCUUAGUGUUGCUGGCUAGUCUGUUCUGGUGUACGUCCUGCUUAUUUACACUUAAUGUUUUUUUUUGUUUGCCGUGAUGGUUUUGUAAAUGGCUGUGGGAAAAAAAUAAAUGCAAAUGUGAAAAGUAAUGCAGUAUAAUUAAAUAUGCAGUGGAAGCUGGAAGUCAUUGCGUGGGAAGUCCUUGUAAAGGAGGUGCUGAUAUGUGUCGGAAGGCACAGGAAUUUGUAAUGUGGAGGCUGAUUGGUGGCUCAUUGCUCAUUAGUGACAGGCUGUUGAUUGACGGACAGGGUGGCCAUUUAUUAGUGUUCCAGUUUAAUAUAUUUUUUGUUUGUUCUUAACAUUAAUGUUGCUCUUGUGUUUUGUAUUUUUUUAUUUUCUGCCGUCCCCGGCCGUGUGACAUGCGACAAUGCGACAAUGCGACGCGCGGCGCA